AUGCCAUCGAGUCGGUACCACCUGCUGCAGCUGCAGCUGCUGCUCUGCACUUUUCUCCUAGUUGCUGGCCAGAGGAGUCCGGUGCGGGUUCCGCCCCAGGAUCUCCAGCUGCCCAACUUCGGAGGCGAAAGCUUCGAGAGAUUUGGCGGAGGAGCGAGAUCGGUAUCGGGAUCGGGAUCGGAAUCGAGUAGUGCGAGCAGUGAGAGCCAGGAGACCAGCGACGAGAUGCGGGAGCAGCUGAAGGAGCUCCUGGGCAACCAGCUCUCCAACGCCUUCGCCCCCUUGGCCACCACACCCUUCACCCGGCGACAACCGGGCAUUGUGUCACCCGCCUCGGGGACAGCAGCUCGCUCCCAGUUUGCCUCCGAUGCGGAUUCGGAUCCGGAUCAGGAUCAGGAACAGGAAGCCAAUGAGGAGGAGUCCCCGGAGGAGGAGGAGGGCAACGGGGAGGCGGAGGAGGGGGAGGAGGAGGCCACUCCCCAGCCCCAGCCACUGCCUCCCCCUCUUUCACAGCCUGCGGGCGGCGAGGAGGAGCCAACUGGGGGUCAGGUGGAGGAGGUCGAGGACUACAACGCCUGGCGCGAUAAUUUCUAUGACCUUAACGAAGAUGGCAGCUACGUAUAUGGUUACUCUAUUCCCCAUGGCGUUCGUCGCUGGGAAAGGGGUUUCUAUUCGAAGGAGCAGCAUGGUCAGGUGGUCCAGGGCUUCUACGUCCAGCCUCGCCACGAUUCCCAGGGACUGAGAUUCGAGCUGCGGUGCUACAGAGCCGAUUCCAAUGGCUAUCAGCCACUACCAGUGGAGUUCCUGAGGACGCCGCCAAUUGUGAGGCGCGAUGAGGUGCCCCAGGUUAAUUGCUUCCGCCUUCAGGGAUAACUGAAAAUCACACGUUGUGUGGUAGGUAACACUCAUAAAAAUGUAGCCUUAGAAAGUGUUUUUG